AUGGCUCUGUUUUCAGUUAUUUUCAUUCUUCUUCUACAUGUUGUGCUUCUUAUCUCUUUGACCAAUGAAGCUUUAGGUGUGUCACAUAGUUACCACCUUAGCCAGGAGGUGCUAGCACAACAAGAAGCCGACAGAGUGCAUGGACUCCCCGGCCAGCCUCCGGUGAAGUUCAAUCAAUAUGCAGGUUAUAUCACUGUCAAUGAAACUCAUGGAAGAGCACUGUUCUAUUGGUUCUUUGAGUCCACUGAUAAACCAAAAGAAAAACCUCUUCUCCUAUGGCUCAAUGGAGGUCCUGGUUGUUCCUCAAUUGGUUAUGGAGAAGCAGAGGAGCUAGGACCCUUCUUUCCACAGAAUAGCAGCCAACCAAAGCUAAAGUUGAACCCUUAUUCUUGGAAUAAAGCGGCAAAUCUUUUGUUUCUGGAAUCACCUGUUGGAGUGGGAUUCUCCUACACCAACACCAGCAAUGAUAUUAGUGAGCUUGGUGACACCGUUACUGCUAUGGAUUCACACAUCUUUAUCAUCAAGUGGCUUAGGAGGUUUCCACAAUUCAGAUCACAAGAGUUCUACAUUGCUGGCGAAAGUUAUGCAGGACACUAUGUUCCCCAGCUUUCUGAGCUCAUUUUCGAUAAUAAUCAUAAUCCUGCCAAAGAAGACUACAUUAACUUCAAAGGGUUCAUGAUUGGAAAUGCACUAAUGGAUGAUGAGACAGACCAAAAGGGUAUGAUAGAUUAUGCGUGGGAUCAUGCUGUGAUAUCUGAUGGUUUAUACCAUAACAUCACAACCAAAUGCAACUUCAGCCUUCCCAAUAAAACAGAUGACUGCAGUAAUGAAAUGGAUAAGUACUUCAAUGUGUAUAAUAUUAUUGACAUGUACAGCUUGUACACUCCCAUGUGUCUCACCAACAACAGCGACAGCAACAGAAGGAACGUCCCUGCCAUCAAAGGCGUAUCCCCUCAUUCUUUUUCCAAAUUUGAUGGGUGGCAUAAAAAACCAGCUGGAUAUGAUCCUUGUGCAUCAGAUUACACUUAUGUGUACCUAAAUAUGCCAGAAGUUCAAAAGGCACUGCAUGCCAAUGUUACCAAUAUUCCCUAUCCAUGGACUCACUGCAGCAAUAAUAUCUCAUUUUGGAGUGAUGCACCACAGUCCAUGCUUCCUGUCAUCAGAAAGCUUAUUGCUGGUGGUAUUCGCGUAUGGGUUUACAGUGGAGAUACCGAUGGAAGAAUUCCAGUGACUGCAACAAGAUACACACUGAGAAAACUGGGGCUCAGCAUUGUUCAAGAUUGGACUCCCUGGUAUACCAGCCAGCAGGUGGGAGGAUGGACCGUUGUAUACGAUGGGCUCACUUAUGUGACCAUAAGAGGUUCUGGUCACGAGGUUCCUGCUUUCGCUCCCAAGCAAGCUCUUCAGCUACUUCGACACUUUUUAGCCAAUAAGACAUUACCACCUCAACCAAUUCAAUGA